AUGGAUCCAGGACCUAUACCAACGGAAUUAGCAAAUUUAACACUAAUAGAACAACUUCUAAUUGCUCAAGUGCAUCCUAUAAUUUCUCUUUAUAGAAUUAAAGGAGCUCAGUAUGCCUAUUCGGAUGACGAUAUAUCGCACCUACUCCCCAAUUUGACAAUCGACAACGACACAAUCACCGAAUUAACACCACCGACAAACGACGAAUCACCUCUUAACGAAGAUUUAACAAAUACUUACAUAUUCAGAGCAGAACCAUUGGAUCAACAACGUAUUAUAAAUGAAGAAUUAGAAUUAAAUUACCCAUCAUUGUCAUCAACUCCCAUCAACGAAUUUACAAGCGAAGGAUAUAUCGCAAGAGCUUUCCCCACGUUAUUCCCUACUGGUAACGGCGACUUUUUACAGAAUCGUACCAUCAGCGUUACAUUUUCCCAAUACAUACAAUAUUUAAUGGAGUACGAAGACGGAAGAUUUGCCAAANUCAAAAUCUACGUAAAAGCAAGGUUGAAUUCGCGAAAUAUUGAUUGGUGUGUUCGAUUUUUUUUUAUUUUCUAUUUUUUGCUUAUUUUUUGUUUUAUUUUUUUGUUUUUUUUUUGUGUGUUUAUAUGCAGGUGGAAAUUUGAAGGUCAAGUGAUAACAGUGUCCGCAUUGCGCGAGAGUACGACGUCGUACAAAAAAGGGACGAAGAUAUUUACGUUUGAUAUUGCUGAUGAGGGUGGUCUGAUAAAAUGUGCGUGCUUCGGUAAAACAGCUGAGAUAUUAUGUAAUAAAAUUAAUGUUGGCAAAGUCCUUCAAUUGUCCAAUAUUGGUGUCAAGCUGACUAAUACAUUAUAUAGUACUACCGAUAACGAGUAUGAAGUGGAAAUAAACUGUGGUACUAUUAUAAAGGAGAUUGAUUUGGAAGAUGGUGAGAAGUUGAAUAUCUCGGUGAAGAGUACCUUUACGCAAUUUAGUGACAUUGAUGAUGUCAAUAUCAAUAAGGCGAUAAAUGUCAUUGGUAUUGUCAAGAAUGUAACUGGGCCGAAAGAAAUGGUCGCAAAGGAUGGACGAUCAUUGAUUAAAAAUACAGUAACGCUUAUGGAUGGUAUGCGAAACAAGAUUGUUGUCACUUCGUGGGGAACUAUCGCCGAAAGUUUAAAUGUAUCUGUCAACGAUGUCGUAUCGAUGAAGGGAGUAGGCAUUCACGUAUACGAUGGGGUGCGUUCGUUGAAACUCUAUAGCUCCUCAGUCGUUAUAGUCGGUGAAGAUGUAGAGGAGGCACAUAGAUUGAAAGAAGUACUGGAUGGAAUGUCUAAAAAGUGUUAAUUGUAAAUCAUAUGAUGUAUAAUGUGUUAUAUUUGUGAAAUUGUAUGAUGGAGUCUGAUAUUGUAGUUGUUUGGUUUUGAAUUUGUUGGUAUGUAAUUUAUACAGAAAACGGAAUAAUUGUAUUCUGUAAUUUGCAGUUGUUGUUUGUUUUAGUUGUAUGUAUUUGAGUACUCGUUUAAAUAUUUAUUUGUUUUUUCUUCUCUGUUUGUUUGUGAUAUUGCGUGAGCUGACAAACGUUUACAAUGUUACUAUCGAUAAUAUAAUGUAAUGAAUAUGUAAUUGCAUAAAUGUAAAGUUAUAUUGCAUACUUGCUUUGUUGGCUUCGUUCAAGUAAAGUGCAGAAGAUUGUAUUAUGGAGGAAGCUGCGUUGUAAUUUGUGAUGGAAAUGAAUGAUUUAGACAUCAGCGUUUAAUUAUUUGUUCCACGUAUAUGUUUAUAAAUUAUUUGAGUACAUACAGUGUCAACCGAUAUAUUAUAUCGCUAAACGUAGUGAACUGGUUUUGAAGAAUUGUUAAUAAAAUAAUAUUUGAUAUA